GGGAUCGUGAUGCUUGUCUUCAAUCGCACCUUUGUGCUGCUCCGACCAUUCCGACAGGUUGCAUUUGCAAAGCGCAGUAGCGCAGGCGGCAUCAACCACAACAAGGGCGCGCUUAGUCCAUCGGAGCGAGGUGAUCCUUUUACGGAACCAAUGGUAUAUCGCAACCGAAAAAAUAUAACUGCUCAAAUUAAAACUAGUAAAAAGGAAAAGUUUCUACUUCGGCAAGACCUUCACAACUCACUUAUGAAUUCAGUGAAUAUAGACAUUCACAAAGAGGAGCAGCUUCGAAGUGGUCAUUCCAUCCCUCUGACACCGGAUGAGGUCAAGGCAAGCCGUGCUAUGGAUGAGGCAGAGGUUGUCCAUGGUAUGAACACGCUGGAUGCAGAUUAUACGACUCAGGUGCAGCUUCUCAUGAAACGGGAAGCCGAGCGCCGAGACCAUGUGCUUGAUAAAUUUGGGCAAGCCCCGACAUCCAGAGAGUUCUACAAACUCUUUCAGAGUCUGCGUGCAGCCGACGAUGCUGAAGAGGUGGAGAAGUACCAAAAGCGCCUUGUUGAAGAGAAUGGCAUUUAUCCUUUGACCCGCAUCGAUGCGUUCAUGCUGGAUGAUGAUGGUUAUUUCCCUGAAUGGGUUCAAGAUUUACCAUACACGAUACGUGAUCGCGUCAAGUACGGCUCCUUGGGGCUGACCGAAGAGGAUGAAGCUCUUAGGAUUCACCUAGGUCGACUUCCACGCGACAAGCGGCUAAAAGAGUGGGAUCGACUCAAGGCGGCGAAGAUGUACCGAGCUGCGCAUGAAGAAACGUUGACAAUGGCAGAGCUGCGCGAUGCUCGACAAGGCAAGCGGCGCUUUCAUUGGCUACAGCGCAAAAGGCAAAAACGUGCAGCGAAACUGAGGCGAAUGGCGCUGCGUAAGCCCGAUGGCUAUGAGGAGUGGCCUUCUUCUGCUGUGGACUAUAGUCAGCGAAUAGCCUUUAUCGCACAACACGUGGAGAACGGCCUUCAGACCGGUGGGCAGUGGCCCCUGGACCCAGAACUCCUGCUAAGAGCUAAGAUAGAACGAAAACAGAAGGCAUCUGAAAGAAUGUUUUUAAUGUCGCCGGAUGAAAAAAAAGUCGCUAAAAAGUCUUUCAUCAACCCUGGUAUUCAAGAGCUGCUGGCCUCCUUUGACGCGCACGAAAAACCCUUUAAGCGCCUUUCCAGGAAGACGUAUGCGAAUCGCGUUAAUGCAGUCGUGCAUGGUGACCAGGACGAGCAUGGCAGAAAGUAUCGGAGGAUGCAUGCAUUAGCCACGCGGCGAACCCGACCUUACGAGUCAGUCUCGGAAAUAGGACUUGAAAAAGAGGUUCGUAACGAACCACGUGUGAAUGUCAGUGGUCUCAAUCAUGCUGACGAUGAGCAUUGGACGAAGCACUACAAAUCAUGGCGGGAUGGGUUGCCGUCAAUUAGAUAUGGAUCCUAAUGAUCAUGACUGGAGGAGGUGGUCUAUUGAUUCAUACCCUUUCUUACGUAACAAACACUUUGGUAGUCCCAGUCGCAUCACUUCAAAACAAGGUUUGACUGAAUUUCAGAGUGCUUGUUUGUGUGUGUGUGUGCGGAUUCCUGGUUGAAAUCUUGCACCAUUUUUAUGUCUUGUUAAAAAGACGAUACCUUCAUUAUGAAGCGAAU